CCUUACUCUUGAUAGUUCUCUCAGAUUCCCAGAAUGUGAAAUAGAUAGUGAAACAUUUGAGCACAUUUCUGAAAAUAAACCUUCAAGUGUAUCGCUUUUGCAAGAAGAAUCUCAAAGUGAUAAAUAUAUGCUACACUCUGAGCUCAAUCCAAAUGACAUUAUACAAGACAUUCCCAUUUAUUUAUCACAACAACUUGCCAAUCAACUUUACAUCAUACAAUAUCCUGUUAGACCACGUACAAACCCUUAUGUCGGUAACAAUGCACCCCGUGAAGCACGUUUCAAACAGCAUUCACAAAAGCUUGAACUUGACAUUCCAUUACAAACAAAUUCGCAAUGGUACAAUCGUGAUAGAGGAGAGGAACUUGUUUUGGGUCUUAAUGAUAAAGAAGCUCGGACAAUUUAUGAUCGAUCAUGGAGACGUGAUAGAAAUGAUGGAUUGUUAGACAAACAGACUUUGCAGUCAACUAUUGUACCACCUCAAGCGAAUUAUUGGAUGGGUGUAAUCAAGGAUGGUGGACUUCACAUGACUCCAGUUCACACAACCCUGCAACUACGACCAGGACUAAAAUAUCUUGAUAAAAUUGAUGAAAAAUUAAAGAAUGCUAGUAAAAAAGCACAAGCUAUGGAAGAGGAAGAACUUGUUAGUGAUUUAAAAAGUGUUAAAUUAAACAAAGAAGAUCCUGGAGUAGGUUCAAGUAAAGGAAAAGGCUCCGGAAGGGGAAGGCCUUCUCCGGGUUUUACGAGUGAAGAUAAAAUCACAGAUAAGUCUUCACUUAAAAAAAAUACUCGCCCGACUUCUUCGCGUAUGAUGGAAGAAGAAAAAUGGAAGAAAAUGAAAUAUUUUGAUGCGGAUUCUACGGAGACAGAAGAUAUUCUUAUUAAGAUGCACACUUUACAAACUGAUCUCUUAGAAUGUAAGACUAAGGAUAUUAAUGAUUAUAUUGAUGCCAUCAGCACUUUCCCCAAGACAAUUGAUGAACCAUUGUCAAAUAUUGAAGAAGGUCAACAAUCUGAAAUAAGUACAUUACUUAGUCCUUUGAGGCCAGAAAUAAAUCAGACACAUCCACUUUUUAUUCCCCCAACUCCUGGUGUAAUAAAUUCUUCAGUAACUAAACCUUCAUCUAAUCUUUCUACAAGAUCAAUUUCUUCUAGAUCAAGAGGUUCAAAUAUUCCCAGCAAAUCUGGAAAAGCAAGUACACUUCGUUCUAGUAGGGGAACAAGAGGGAAAAGAGGCCAAAAUCCACGUGCUAAAAAUUCUUAAUAUUAUUAAACAGGAAUGACAUCUAAUUUUUAUUAACUAGUUAUAAUAUAUUUGUUACAAAAUAAAAUGUUUCUAAAUUUAUUUUAAUACUUUAUAGACCUAAUUAUAAAUUAAUAUUAAUUACUGAUCCGUCUGAAAUUUAACAUUUGCAGUCAAUUGGCAAUAAAUACACAAACAUAUAAUUAUUUAUAUUUUAUAAAAAUCAUACCAUAUAUGUAAAAAAAAUCC